AUGGAUUCUUCACAGAAUAAGGUUGACCAAAUUCUUCAGUUCUCCAGCAUUGAUGAGCUUAUUUACCACAGGAUUUCCACUUUUAUAGAAGUAGACCAUGAAUCAAGGCAUAAGAUAUCAGCACAAAACUUGAAUUUAUUACUCUCCCUCCACCGCUCAUCUCUGACCCUCCACUCCCACCUGCACCCCACUCACUCCCUUCCAUCCCUCCCCUGCACCCUCAAAACCAUCACCCGUCUCCAGUCAGCCCACUGCUCCCUCACCCGCUGUUCCAAACUCACCACCAAAAAGAAGGAUAAAAAGUACACUCUCUUCUUCACUAGUGUGUGGAAGGAGGUGGUGAAGGGGAGGCUGGAUGAAGAGGGGGUGGAAGGGGUCUUGGAGGAGUUUCAGGAGGAGAAUGGGUUGUCGAAUUUUGAGAUGGGGAAGGUCAGAGGGAUGGUGGUGGAAGCGUUGGGAGAGGUUUUAAGGGUUUAA